AUGCAAAGGUGUUCGGCCUGUCAUGCCAUUGAGUCGGGACAACAAAGUCCAGAACGCGCAGCACCUAAUUUGCGUGCCAUAUACGGUAGUUCUAUCAAAAGAAUGACUAUUAAUGCCCAAACACAAGAAGUUCGGAGGGAAACUGUACAUUGGGACGAUAAAAAGCUUGAUGAUUAUCUCAAAAAUCCGAAAAUGAACCAGGCAGGCAAGACUAUUGUGUUCGAGCCUGUCACUAAGGAUCAAGACCGAGCUGACUUGAUCGCUUACCUUAAGAGCGUGAAGGGGAAGAGCUAG